UGGACACCAUCAUGCGAACCUACCAGAAAUAUCCCGAAGAAACUAUCCGACUUCUAAUCUUCAGCAUGCCAGAAUGGGGCAACACAACGUGCAUCUACCUGGCCAUCAACAACUACAACUUGAACUUCCUGUCACAAACGCCGUGUAAAGAACUCAACGAUCGCUUGUGGAACUGGGGUACUCACGUCAAGAACGAAUGCAUGUGGCACGUGAAUGAAGACAUGAAGGAAUCAGAACAAAAUGUUGACAUACUACAGAAACAAAAUGUUGACAUACUACAGAAACAAAAUGUUGACAUACUACAGAAACAAAAUGAUGGAGGAAAAUAUCAUGAAAAGAAUAGUCAAAACAGCACAGUUCUACAAGUUGAAAACAAAAAUGACUGCCCUCCUCUGAGUUCUGCUAAUGGAGAUAGUGGAGAAGAACAAGAAGAAAUAGAACACUGCCGAGUAUGCGACGAAUGCAGUGAUCAUAAAAAGUUGGCCAAAAUUUCAAUAUGGACCAUGUUCUGUUUCUGCACGACCAACAAGUAUGAUCCAAUCGUGAGAAAACUUUUGGCGCCAUCAGUGCUUGUUCUGUUGCAGUUGCUAGGCCACCUGGUGUUUCUUGUUCUCUACGCCAUGUUGCUUGUCUCUGUGCUUCAUCCAGGCUCCUUUCAUUGGCUGGAAUGGUUGGUGUGGGCGUGGAUAAUCACAUUUCUUUGUGAGGAAUUCAACCAGUACUUGCGAAACCCCCUUUUCAAAUGGAAGCAGCUCUUCUUCAUUGUGGAGCUUAUAUCAUUGAUAUUCUUCUUCGGGGGAUACGGGCUACGCAUAGCUGUCUUUUACAACCCUACCAGCGUAACGAUGAUCAACUACACCCACGUCAUACUUGGAAUGUCUUACAUCGGCUUUUCUGUUGGGCUUCUAGAGAUCUGUUACUCCAGUGAGUUCUUUGGACCUCUCAUGGCCAUGUUUAAAAAUAUGCUGCUGAAACUGCUCAGGUUUAUGGUGAUCAUCCUUGUGUUUUUCUUCUCCUACGCCGUCGCCUCUGAGUCCGUUCUGUAUCCCAGAUCUAAGCUCACUCCCUUGUUGGCUUAUAACGUGAUACGUAAAGCUUUUUGGGGAAUGUUUGGUGAAUUUUUCCUGGACGAGCUAGAAAGUCAGGAGGGUGACAUCGAUGAGCCAACAUGCACCAACGACCCCAGCCUGUAUGAGGACUACGGACAACUUCGAUGCCCCACAGGGACGGGGAGAUAUUUCGUUCCCAUCUUGCUGGGCUUUUAUUUUCUCACCAUCAAUAUCCUCCUGUUUAACAUCAUCAUCGCUGUCUUCAACUCAGAGAUCAAGCGUAUCGAGAAGAAAGCCGAGGGUGUGUGGAGGCGUCACUCACUCAAGUUUACAACAAAAUACCACAAGAUGCUCUUUCCUGCCCCAAUCUUUCUAUGGAUUUUCCCGUUUCUUGUUAAAUUUGUCUACGCCAAGGAAAAGUUCUCUCCAUUUUUGAAGGAAAUCACAGAAGCAGAAAAGCCCCUGCAACUUCGUUUAUCGAGAAUUCAAGAUGAGAUCCGAGAACAAUAUAUCGUAGACAUGGCAGGACAAGACCUCAGAGAUGAAACAAUAAACAUUAGCUGUAAAGUCAAUUGUCCUCAUACAGAUUCACCAGAGUAUCAACAAACAUUCUCACGUCCAGUAAGAGGUGAUCCAGUGAAUGAAGAGUCAGCCGUUGCAGUGCUGACCACUACACGUCCUUUAAUGACGAGUCGUAGGAACUCAGACGGAUCAUGGGCAACUCAGAGAAAUAGAUUUUUCGCUGUACGGACCAGAUACAAAUACGGACUUCGAUGGGAUUGUGUCAGAGUCCGCCCAUUGUCUAGAAAACAACUUCGUCACGACGUUGACCCUAAGGGAUUAAACGUGAAAAUAACAAGUAGCUAAAGAAAAUCCCUUAGAACUGUCUGGUUACAGUGAUGUAUCGAGUUAAACAUAUAUAAUGUGUUAUGUAUGACACAAGUAAUACAUGAAUCUUUAUACGUUAUAAUUUAUAUUCUAAAACGAGCCAGUCUUUAAUAGAAACUCAUUCAGAAAUUACCUUGCUAUUUCAUUAACACGAGACAAUCCGGGGCGUAUCAUACGUCGCUAUUUAGUUGUUUUAUUUUCUAUUUUUCAGUAAUUCAUAAUUUGUGAAUUCGACAGUACCAAUGCUGCCACUGAAAAUAUUUGCUU